UUUUUUGGCUGUGGAGAACCAAAACAGACCGAAAAAAAGGAGAAAGAGGAGGCUGCCUCCAAAACCGUGAAAAAAAAGAAAAGACUCAAGAAAGAGGAAAAAUCGAAUUAUGGGAAUUUAUGCACUGCAAGUAUAAUUUAACCGUAUAUUCAUACUCAUAAUCAUGCUUGGAAUAUUUUAGAACCAUUUAAUUGAAGUUUCUGUGCAGAUUCAUGAUUUCACCAUUGUUAGGUUUUGAAGCUCUAAUUUAGGGAUUGCAAGUUAAAGGGAAAAUUGGCCGAAGAGGAGGUCUCCAUUGGAUUCGUGAUGUUACAUAUAUGUGAUAUGGGUUAUUAUUUGGUCUCUAUUUACAAUAUUUUGCAGGUUUGAAGGUGGGAGACUUAUGGCCACAUUUAAAAAACGUUGUUGUAGGCCUAUGUUGUUUUUUCCAGAAAAUUUGACGAAGAAGAUACAGUCCGCAUGUAGAUUGGAUUCGUCUUAAAUUUUAGUUCGCGUUUUGUUUAUAUAUAAUAAUUCUGGAUCAUGAUAUUAACGUGAAUUGGAUGCAGCGCAAUUGGUAAGCAGGGUCGGAGACAGUCUCACAAAACCUGGGUUCGAAUCCUACCCAGGCUUUUAUUUUCUAAUCAAAUUAUGCUUUGAGAUCCAGUACGCGCGCGCACGUCAGGGCCUACUAUGCACCCUCGUUCUCCAUCACCGGAUCCUCACAUGGAUAGAUCUGAAGGUAUGAGAGAAGAAGCUCACCAUAGGCAUCAAGGGGCGCACCACAUAGGAUCACGCCCAGGACUAACAGCACCUUCAGAUUACUCGCAAGAACCUCCUCGCCACCCUUCUCUUCAAAUCAACUCUAAGGAGCCUUUCAAUGCAGAGCCAAAACGUUCAGCGCUUAUCGCAUCGUACGUUACACCUUCGGAUUUCUUCUACAAGAGGAAUCACGGUCCGAUUCCCAUCGUUGAAGAUAUUGACAGAUACUGCGUGGUGAUUUCUGGUCUUGUGGAGCAGUCCAAACAGCUCUUUAUGAAUGAUAUCAGGAAGCUUCCGAAAUAUAAUGUAACUGCCACACUGCAGUGCGCAGGGAAUCGGAGGACUGCUAUGAGCAAGACUAGGACAGUGAAAGGGGUUGGAUGGGAUGUUUCUGCUAUUGGAAAUGCUGUUUGGGGUGGUGCCAAAUUGGCUGAUGUUCUUGAACUUGUUGGAAUUCCAAAGUUGACAAGUGUCACUCAAUUUGGUGGAAAGCAUGUUGAGUUUGUCAGCAUUGAUAGGUGUAAGGAAGAAAAUGGAGGACCAUAUAAGGCUUCAAUACCACUCAGUCAGGCUGCAAAUCCUGAAGCAGAUGUUCUACUUGCUUAUGAAAUGAAUGGAGAAAUUCUUAACCGGGAUCAUGGAUACCCAUUACGUGUGAUUGUUCCUGGUGUCAUUGGAGCCCGGUCUGUUAAAUGGCUAGAAGCUAUCAAUAUCAUUGCAGAAGAAUGCCAGGGUUUCUUCAUGCAAAAAGACUACAAAAUGUUUCCACCAUCAGUGAAUUGGGACAAUAUUGAUUGGUCAACCAGGAGACCCCAAAUGGAUUUUCCUGUUCAGUGUGUUAUAUGUUCUUUGGAAGAUGUAAGCACUGUAAAGCCUGGAAAGGUAAAAAUAAGCGGUUAUGCAGCAUCAGGUGGUGGGAGAGGCAUUGAGAGAGUAGAUGUGUCUGUUGAUGGAGGCAAAACAUGGAUGGAAGCCUCGAGAUUUCAAAAAAAGGACAUUCACUAUAUAUCAGAUGAUGCCAAUAGUGAAAAAUGGGCUUGGGUGCUAUUCGAGAUUACAGCUGAUAUUCUUCAUAGCACCGAGAUUAUUGCAAAAGCGGUAGAUUCAGCCGGAAAUGUUCAACCUGAAAAGGUCGAAGACAUUUGGAACCUUAGAGGGAUAUUAAACACUUCAUGGCACCGCGUGCAAGUUCAAGCGAGUCACUCAAGCUUGUAAAAUUUGUACCAACAAUCCAACCUGUUGAGUGAUUUUUGAAGCAUAUGGCUGAACAAUGAACUCUGAACCUGCAUCGGCGCAAACUGUACAAAAAUAUUAAGAAAAUAACAUAAAUGAGCUUUUGAGCUAGAGGGUAGGGGUUAUGAAUAAUCACUUACUCAAGUUUCAUUUGUGAUUGUCUAUGAGACUAACUUUGUUUUUAGAAAUUAUUACUUUGAGAUCAUAAGCAUGAAGAGUUUGGCUAUUGUAAUUUCAUCUAUAGAAAAACAUUCAUGUAUAACACCUUACCUAUAAUAUUUGAAUUUCCUAUUUCUACCUAA